AUGAUGGGUGGGGUGUUUGGAUGCUUCAUCACCCGCGAGGGGCUGGAGGAGUUGCGCGGCUACGAGUACAAAGCCUGCGGCAGUACGCCGAUCGAUCGCUUGAUGAAUCCCUGGUGGGAGUAUGUUGCCGACAAACUGCCUCUCUGGCUGAGUCCAAAUCUUCUGACUGUCCUCGGUUUCGGCUGCACGCUCUUGUGCAUGCUUUUGGUGAUGACAUGGAUGCCCCACUUGGACGAGGCCGCUCCUCGCUGGGUGUAUCUAGCGAUGUGUCUCCUCCUCUUCGUCUACCAGACGCUGGACGCGGUUGACGGAAAGCAGGCGCGAAGGACUAAUUCGUCGACGCCUUUAGGGCAGCUCUUUGACCACGGUUGCGAUUCUUUUAGCACCGUUUUCGCCGUCUUCAUCAACGCCGCGAGUGCGCGCAUGGGCGUUUGCAUGUCCUCGUACGUCCUGCUCGCCAUCCUGCAAAUGCAAAUGUUCAUCUACUCGUGGUGGGAAAUUCACUUCCACGUCUAUCGCUGCCACACAGGCGUCACUGGCGUAACCGAGGGUCAGCUUGUCACGAUGGGCGUGAACCUGAUUGGAGCAAUUUUUGGCCCAGAUAUUUUUCUCCUCACCCUCGGCCAGUGCCUGGCCGUCACUUACGGUCCAGCAGCUGCCUUCUUCCCCGAGUUCUUACUGAAGACCCCAAUGCAAUACGUCAUCGCCUUUCCCUUCUACCUUCUUUUAACGUACAUGCUGCUGUCUGACGUCAUCAACGGGUGCCGACUCGUCAACGACAAAGCUCUCGCCAUCCCGCAACUGGUUGGCUGCUUCUCGCACGUGAUCUUUCAAUUUGCCUUCUUCUGUUCGGACCUCAUGCACACACAUCCCGCGGUGUGCUACUCCCUCAUCAUCAUCAACUCCUCAAUCGUCGUGCUGCGCAUGAAUAUCGCAGCAACGUGCAGACUCCGCUUCUACCCCAUCCAAUGGCCUGCGGUGCCUUUCUACGUUGCGAGUCUCUACUUUUACGUGGCGUGUCCUCGCGCGUCUUCGCCGCUCGCCGCGGUCCUCGCUUCCCCGUUCUCUGAUGCGCAGCAGGCGUAUCACCAGAAGCACGUGAUUCCUUGGGUGUUGCUUGCUUUAAGUCUGUGGAGCGUCGUCUACUUGUACGACUUCCUCCUGAGCACCAUCACGGCGAUAUGCAGCCACCUGAACAUCACGUGUUUCGGCGUGAAAAGGGAAGCGAAAGGCACGGGACGGGGCAGAGGGCCCUCCGCAGGCACGGCGAAGCUCGAGAAACUCCGAGGAGACAGCCCUGUCGCGGCACGAGCGGGGACAAGUCCGAUGCAGACGCGGCGGCGGGCGCAGGCGGCCGCGAAUGCACAAGAAUAG